AUGACUAGCAAGGCAGGUGGUAAAGAAAAUCCCGCUGAAGCGUCUAGAAAUGCUCAAAGGAAAGAAUCGAGCUCACGCUCAAAGAAAGCGGGACUUACUUUCCCAGUCGGACGUCUCCACCGUAAACUUCGUACAGGAAAAUUCAGAUUUCGAAUUGCAAGCGGUUCGCCAGUGUACUUAGCGGCCGUGUUGGAAUAUCUUGUCGCCGAAAUCGUAGAAUUGGCUGGAAACGCCGCUCGCGAUAAUAGCAGGUCUCGAAUCACUCCUCGCCAUCUCCAAUUGGCUAUUCGCAACGAUGAGGAAUUGAAUAAAUUGUUGGGAAACGUGACUAUCGCCCAAGGAGGCGUCUUGCCUAAUAUUCAUGCGUCCUUAUUGCCUAAGAAAAGCAAAAACAGGGAAAAUUCUGCUGCUUCGGGUUCAAGUACUGCAAAGAAAAAAACCGUAGUUCAUUCUUCCUCUGCUUCACGAAAUAAUCAAAAUAAUACCGAGGGCGAAGAACCGGAAGAUGAUCAAGCCGAAGACAAUGAAGAAGCAGGUGACCAAGAACAAGAUACGCCAAUGGAAGAAGAUAAUCUUUGA